GAAAAUAGCAUCUGGAAUUGGAAUUGCUAUCAGCUGUAAAUCUAUUGAAGUCUAUUUCCCCCGGGGAAUCGACAACAGUGACGCGCUGCGGUAAAGCAUGUUUGUAGUCUUUUUGAAAUCAAGCAUAGUGGUCCUUUAUGGCGAACGGAUUUUUUUUGUACUACAUAUUCCGGUAAAUUCUUAAUCGUUUUUUAUGUUGUACUGACUGACAAGACAGUUGUGCGCUGGGAACCAGGCUAGCGAAUUUUGUGCAUUAUCGUAUAUUCUUCGCAGAAUGGGAAUAUCAGAUGUAACAUUUGACACAACUGGUCCUGUGGUGGACUUGUCAGCCCAGGGUCUGCAGAAGCUGGAGCCCAGUUUCACCUGCUCUGAUGAAACGCACACGCUCAUCCUGGACCGGAACCACAUCAUGAAACUAGACCAUUUGGAGAGGAGCCAAGGCCUCCAACAGUUAUCUGUUGUUGGAAACCGCCUGGUGCGAAUGAUGGGUGUGUGUCGUCUGACCGAGCUGAGAGUUCUGAACCUGCCCAAUAACAGUAUUGGCUAUAUUGAAGGGCUGAGAGACCUGCCACACCUGGAGUGGCUCAACUUGGCAGGCAACAACAUCAAGGUCAUUGAGCAGCUCAACAACUGUGUGGCUCUCCAACACUUGGACCUGUCUGAUAACAACAUCUCCAACAUUGGUGAUGUUACCAAGCUGUUAGCCUUGAAGACCCUUCUCCUUCAUGGAAAUAGCAUUACGACGCUGCAGACCGUUCCCACUCAUUUGCCCAUCCAUCUGUCCAUCCUCUCCCUGGCAGAGAAUGAAAUUCGAGACCUCAAUGAAGUCUCCUACCUGGCACCCCUCCAUGACCUGGAACAGCUCUCCAUUAUGACUAACCCCUGCAUCAUGGUAACACCCUCGUUGCCUGGAUACGACUACCGGCCGUACAUCAUGAGCUGGUGUCUGAAUCUCAAGAUCCUGGAUGGAUAUGUGGUGUCUCAGAAAGAAGGGUUGAAGGCAGAGUGGCUGUACAGCCAGGGCAAAGGUCGAUCAUACCGGCCAGGUCAACACAUGCAGCUGGUCCAGUACUUAGCCACCGUGUGCCCUUUGACCUCCACGACAGCCCUGGAGACCGCGGAGGAUGCCAAGCUGGAGAAGAUCCUCAGCAAGCAGAGGUUCCACCAGAGGCAGCUCCUGCAGCAGACCCAGGGGGCUUUCCCAGCCCUCCCCGCCCCACCCAACUGGAUGUGGAGACUCAAAGCCCCCGCCAUACAGACAGAGCUAGCAACGGUGCAGGUGAACACCUGGCUAGGCUGCGACCCCUCCCAGGUGACCUCUCCUCCUCUCCGUAGCCUCAGGGGUGUGGAGGAGCGCCUCUACCUGGAGGACGUCCAGAGCCAGACAGAUGAGGACAAACUCAACGGCAGCCUGCUCUCCUCCGAGUCCACCUUCCUCCUAGUCACCUCUGAACCCCCCCGCUCUGACAGCGAGGAUGAGAUGGAGACGUUUGAGCACGACUCGCUGGUACCCGAACACCCCAUUCAUCCCAAAAAGACCCUUGCUGAAAAGACCCUACAGGCACCCUUGGGGAAAGGGAGUGAGAGCCAGAAGGAGAGAGAAAGGGUGUCAGGUGACGGCCACCUCACCUGUACCUUAACCUCAACUGCCGGUCUACCUAUGAUGGGAGACGACCAAUCACAGACCAAUGACAGCGCUCCGCUCCAGGGAGCAUACUCAAACUGCAAUGCUGUAGAGGUGAGGGCAGGAUAUAAGCAGGAAGAUAAAGCAUUGGUGAGAUGUGAUAGGCUGGGUCGCUGUGAGGCAGACAGGGCCGCCGUCAGGAUCCAGGCAUGGUGGAGGGGAAUGUGGACUCGGCGCUGCCACCCGCUGGCCAAAGAGGUGCGGUGUGAGAUCCGCCUGCGCAGGAUGCAGGAGCACAUAGUCUUCAUUUCUGGAGAGUUUGAGAGAGUGAGGCAGCAGCAUGAAGAGGAGAGGUUGAAGAGACUGGUACAGGAGGAGGCUGUGAGGUUUCUAUGGAGGCAGCUUCAGUCCAUGCAGCAGUGGCAGUGUUCUGUAGAGGGGCAGCUGGCCAGCGUGACUCAGGCCGGGUCAUCUCUUGCUCCAGCCCUGACCUCCGGGCUCUGUGACCUCCCAGCUCUUCGACUCCCCCUACCUCUGGACUCCAGCACUGCAAACCCAGCCUGUACAGUCCUCUCCUUCCCAGACUCGGGGUUCCAGUCAACAGAUGAACUGCAGGUGGGGCAGGAAGACACUUUCCUGAGCUGUGGGACGGGCGACUCUCUGGAGACUGUGUGGCCGCUGGUCGUGGGGGGGUUCCUGGCUACUCGUGGUGGGGGGAACAGUCAGGACUGCAGUCUGCUGGAGCAGUACCUGUCCUCUGUGCAACAGAGAGAGGAGGAGGCAGAGGGGGGUGCCAGCGACAGAACAGGCACACCACAGCCGCCCUCAUCUGCCGAAACAGCACAGCCUGACUCCCCCACUCAGAACACAGGAGACACACUGGAAAGUCCAAUUUGAAGUGCCUGUCCUGCUCCUAGUCUUCUGGGAUUGGCUUAGAGACUGCCCAUAAACUCAGUCCAUCUGUGCUGAUGAAUGUUAUUGAUGGCUCUAACAGCGCCUCAUAGACCUUACUGACUAACAUCCAUAUAGCGAGUGGCAUAUGGACUCACGAAUGUGUAUACAUUCAUAUAGCCUGGAUGACUUUUCUCAUUUUGACUUUAAAUCUCUUGGACUGCUGCUAGCCUGGAGACCUGACUGUUCCUGCAUUCAGUAAUGCUUUGUUGGUUGCCAUGAUUUGUCAGUCCAAGGACAAUUAGGCUAAUGCUUGACUUGCAUUCGGGAGACGUGGGAACGAUAGUCCCAGCUUCCGACACCUCUGAGUUUUUCCGUACACGGCAGACAUGCAAUUUAGACCGGUGCUAAAAAUGUUAAUCCCUGACAUGCCCCAACAUUAAGUGAUAGCACGUCCGGUGACAAGAUUCUCCAGGACAAUCGGAUAGAAAGACAUCCCACGGUACUCAGUAACCCUUUCUUUGACCUCACUGAAGCUAUACAUAACCUUAAUUAACCUAAGCCUAUUUUCUAAACCUAACCUUAAUUCAUUUCGACCCCUGUGCCUAAGUCUUUGUUCUGCUGGUUGAAUCUACACUUCCUUUAAGUGUAAGUAUUAAGUCCAUCUACCCUCCAACUUUGGUCAUCUGCAACUUCCCUGUCUGUCAUGCUCAUGCAGUGGUGGAAAAAUUACCCAGUUGUCAUACUUGAGUAAAAGUAAAGAUACCUUUUUAUAGAAAAUGACUGGAGUGAAAGUCGCUGAGUAAAAUUCUACUUGAGUAAAAGUCUAGAAGUAUUUGGUUUUAAAUAUACUUAAGUAUCAAAAGUACAAGUAUAAAUAAUUUCAAAUUCCUUACAUUAAGCAAACCAGAUCACAAUUUUAUUUUCUCUUUGCGGAUAGCCAGGGGCAUGCUCCAACACUUAGACAUCCUUUACAAACGAAGCAUGUGUUUUGGAAGUCUGCCAGAUCAGAGGCAGUAGGGAUGACCAGGGAUGUUCUCUUGAAGUGAGAAUUAGACUAUUUUCCUGUCCUGCUAAGUUUUCAAAAUAUAACGAGUACUUUUGGGUGUUCAAGGAAAAUGUAUGGAGUAAAAAGUACAUAACUUUCUUUCGGGAAUGUAGUGAAGUAAAGUUGUAAAAAGAAAAAAUAGUAAAGUAUAGAUAACCAAAAAAACUAAGUAGUACUUUCAAGUAUUUUUUUAAACUUAAGUACUUUACACCCUGUGCGAACGUUAUGUUAUCUGUAUUUAUCCCUAUUUAUUUAUCCAUCACAUAAUGGUUUUUAUGUCCUUUUCCCUCUUAUUCUCUGUUUCACAGACCACAACCCUCCUAAAGCCCAUUCCAAACCCUAAACCUUCAUUACCCAAACUCCAUCAAACCAUCCUCUCUGCCUUUUCUCUAUGAAUAAAUAUCAAAACAUUAUGCAUUCUCACCGAUAACCCACAGUGGAAAUAUAACCCAGCAGUCAGUUACGCUAUACAUGAUUUAUAGGGCUGUCAGUGUUUAUCAGUUAACUUUUAGUAAUUUAAGUGCACUUAAAGAAAAUAGUGCAUUGUUGACCUGACGCAUGAAAGAAAGUCAUGACUGGGCUGAUGGAAACAUGAAUUGCUCUUAAAAUUGUAUAAAUGCCUACAGACAACUUGUUUGCUUGACAUUUUGUGUCUGUAAAAUUAAUUAUGUGAGAAAUGGCAUCACGUGAUAUGUUUUGUGGUCCUCCCACUACAACUCGAGAAAGCUUGCAGUUUAUUAGGCUACAAAUUAAAUAAAUUAUGAACAUCA